GAAAACUGCAUAAAGGGUUGAAUAAAGUCUCACACUUGCAACAACAUCUCGAGAGGUUUCUUCUCUCUCUCUUCUGCUGAUCGUUUGUUGUUCAAAGUAACCAGGGGAAGAUGGAGGGAGAUGGCGGAGAUCCUUUCAACGUUGAUUCUCCUUUCGGUGGAUCUGGUGGCCCGAACACUGGUCCCCCGAGUCAGAUGUCUAAUGAUUUUGGAAGAGACUCUUUUGAUGGUUUUGGUGCCCCUAACAAUGAACCUCCGAGUGAGAUGUCUAAUGUUUUAGGAGGGGACUCUUUUGGUGGAUCUAAUGGUGAUCCAUUUGGUGGCUCUUUUGGUGGAUCUAAUGGUGAUCCGUUUGCUGACCCUUUGUUCACCCAUCCUUUUGGUGGUAACAUGUUUCAGCCCAGCCUGUUUGGUCCUCCUACCAUGGACCCUUUUGCAGGAGUGCGUCCUCCUCCAUUAGGGUUUAUCGAGAAUCAUCAUCACCAGACACCACAACCGAGACUACCAGGUGGACCAGUUAUUGAAGAGAUCAAUGUUUUAGAUGCUGAGGAAGAAGGAGAAGCAUAUCAAGAGAAGAGCGUAAUCCUAGGGAAACGUGGCAGGUCAAGCAGUGAGGUGGAAACUGAAGAGGCUAUAGCUGAAGAGAGAAGGAUUGCACACAUGCAAAACAUGAAUGCAAAUGCUAUGGUGGACAAUGAACAAUGGCAGCCACAAACUCAAGAGAGAAGGAUUGCACACAUGCAAAACAUGAAUGCAAAUGCUAUGGUGGACAAUGAACAAUGGCAGCCACAAACUCAAGAGAGAAGGAUUGCACACAUGCAAAACAUGAAUGCAAAUGCUAUGGUGACCUAUGAACAAUGGCAACCACAAACUCAAGUCAGACACAUGCAAAACAUGAAUACAAAUGCUAUGGUGAACAGUGGACAAUGGCAGCCACAGACUCAAGGUUAUAGUUUCCAGAGCUCGACUGUUACUUACGGUGGUAAUGACGGAAACUACUACACUUCGUCCACGACCAGAAGGACAGGAAGUGAUGGGUUAACUCUCGAAGAAAGCAAAGAAGCUAAUACUGCAACUCGCGAAACAGCGCACAGGAUUUCAAGAGGCUUCCAUAACAAGGGCCACACGGUUGAGCGUACGCGCAACUCGGAUGGUCGGGUUGGUACAAACCAGAUUUUGCACAAUCUGAACGAAGAUGAAUUGGCUGGUUUUGAACAGUCUUGGAGUAGCAAUGCUGGAAUGCAAAUGCAAUUCCCCAGUCUGUCUGGUUCCUUUGGCAGUGGCUUUGUUAACAGAGAGCAACCAAUGCUGCCUCCUCCGACUGAUCCAAGCUCUUCUCGUGCAAGAAGAGGGCCUUACUGUCACAGAAGAAGGAAUGCAACGGAUUUAAGCAGGCUGGGUUUCUAAAGGCUCCAAGUGAAUGUAACCAAAAGACUAUUAUAUACUUUACUUUGGUUGCAUGGUUACUGUAACCUCUGUAUGAUGACAUGAUUUGAGGGGUUUAUGAUUUAUG